GGCACACACGUUACCGUUGCAAGAAGAAGCAAACGUCAAAGUCAAAGUUGGUUAUUAUUGUCCCGCGGGUUUGCAAACGUUUAGUUUUGUGCAAGGAUUUGUUCUUUGAAAGGUUAAAUGUCAACUGAAUAAAAUGGGCAACGAUCGGAAAAGGCGUUCGCGGUCCAAGGAGCGCAUCGAAAAGGACCGCGGGCGUGAUUACGACCGGGACCGCAGGAGAAGGUCCAGGUCAAAGGAAAGGCUGGAGCGUGCCCGGUCUAGGGAGCGGAGGCGAUCAAAGUCAAAAGAAAGGGGCCGUUCCAGGUCAAGGGAGCGGAUCCAGAAGUCUCCCGACCGACACCGCAGAUCACGAUCCAGAGACAAAGCAUCCAUAAAGGCAGAAAUCAAGAACAUCAAACAGGGGUCACCCUCCCCCUACGACGGCAAGGAAGUCAAGGACGUCAAACCGGUAAAAUCCGACCCGUCUGCACUAAAAACGGAAGAGGAACUCGAGAAUGAGGCCAAGACCAAGAAGCAGGAACCCCUCUCACUGGAGGAACUGCUUGAGCGCAAGAAGAAGGAAGAGGCGGCUCGCAGCAAGCCCGUCUUCAUAUCGAAGGAGCAACGAGCAGCCGACGCCCUACGGCGACGACAGGAGGAAGUGGCUGCCAUGCGAGCUGCACAGUUUAGCGGGCUGCAACGUCCCGUCAACGAUUCACUAAUCGGUAUGGGCAAAACUCCAGAAAAAGAAAAAAGCCGACCAGAGCGUGAACGAGGAUCUGAACGGGAGCGCGGUUCGGAACGCGAACGCGAUCGAGAAAGAGAAGAGAAGCAUCUUUCCCGCAGGGAACGAGAUGAAAAGGAUAAGGAUUCAUCGAAGAAAACUGAUGAUAUGACGGUGAAGGACAAGGAAAAGGAGCUGGAAGCAAUUCGCGAACGGUACCUAGGAAUCAUCAAGAAGAAACGUCGCGUUCGCAGGUUAAAUGACCGCAAGUUCGUCUUCGACUGGGAUGCGUCCGAGGACACUUCCGUCGAUUACAACAAUCUGUACAAGGAACGACAUCAUGUGCAAUUCUUCGGGCGUGGGAAUGUUGCCGGCAUCGACAUCAAAGAACAGAAACGCAAACAAAGCAAAUUUUACGGAGAUUUAUUGGAGAAGAGACGAACUGAAGCUGAGAAGGAACAGGAAAAAGUUCGCUUGAAGAAGGUCAAACGCAAGGAGGACAAGCAAAAAUGGGAUGACCGUCACUGGUCCGAGAAAGACCUAGACGAAAUGACUGAGCGUGAUUGGCGUAUCUUCCGCGAGGACUACAACAUAACAAUCAAAGGCGGCAAAAUACCGAAUCCGAUCCGUAGCUGGGUCGAGUCCGGAUUCCCACAGCCGCUCCUCGACAUCAUUGAUCGCGUUGGUUACAAAGAACCCACCCCCAUUCAGCGACAAGCUAUUCCGAUUGGUUUGCAGAAUCGCGACAUCAUCGGCGUUGCUGAAACAGGUUCGGGUAAGACGCUUGCGUUCUUGAUUCCUUUGCUAGCUUGGAUUCAAUCGCUGCCGAAAAUUGAACGACUCGAAGAUGCCGAUCAAGGACCAUACGCUAUCAUCCUGGCGCCAACCCGUGAAUUGGCUCAGCAGAUUGAAGAGGAAACCAACAAAUUCGGGCAACCGCUCGGCAUCCGGACUGUCGUCGUGGUGGGUGGUUUGUCACGAGAGGAACAAGGCUUCCGUUUGCGUCUUGGCUGCGAAAUUGUCAUCGCCACCCCUGGUCGUCUCAUCGACGUGCUGGAGAACCGAUACCUCGUCUUAAAUCAGUGCACAUACAUUGUCCUGGACGAGGCUGAUCGUAUGAUUGACAUGGGUUUCGAGCCUGACGUACAAAAGAUCCUCGAGUACAUGCCCGUAACGAAUCUGAAACCAGACAGCGAGGAGGCCGAGGACGCCAACAAGCUAAUGGAGAAUUUCUAUUCGAAGAAAAAGUACCGCCAGACUGUGAUGUUUACGGCUACUAUGCCGCCGGCGGUUGAACGACUGGCGCGCACAUACCUUCGCCGACCUGCCACGGUCUAUAUAGGCUCCAUUGGCAAACCGACCGAACGUACCGAACAAAUCGUCUACAUGAUGGGCGAGAACGACAAACGCAAGAAACUUAUGGAAAUCCUCUCCAAGGGACUCGAACCGCCAGUCAUCAUUUUCGUCAACCAAAAGAAAGGUGCCGACGUGCUGGCUAAAGGUUUGGAGAAGUUCGGCUACAACACGUGCACACUCCACGGUGGCAAAGGACAGGAGCAGCGAGAGUACGCAUUGGCUUCCCUCAAGGGCGGCACAAAGGACAUUCUUGUCGCGACGGAUGUGGCUGGUCGUGGUAUCGAUAUCAAGGACGUCUCCAUGGUCAUCAACUACGACAUGGCCAAGUCGAUUGAGGACUACACCCAUAGGAUUGGUCGUACCGGUCGUGCUGGCAAGAAUGGUAUCGCUAUUAGUUUCGUUACGAAGGACGACAGUUCGUUGUUCUAUGAUCUGAAACAAUGUGUAAUGGCGAGUCCGGUGUCGGUGUGUCCGCCGGAGCUCAUGAAUCAUCCGGAGGCGCAACAUAAACCGGGAACGGUGGUUACGAAGAAGCGACGCGAGGAGAAGAUUUUCGCUUAGUGUGUAUGAUUCGUUCUAUGAUUUCUGUAGAAAGUUUAAAAAGGUACAAUGAAUUUAUUCGAAA